AAUCACUGUCUAAAUAUGGUUACGGUGAAUAAACAAACGCGCAGAAGGCCUCUUUAAAGAGUUAUCCUGUUUAUUGAGAACUACCUACCCUAAGAUGCUGGAUCUAGAGACAGAUGGUUGAUAUACAAAGCCGCAGGUGGGAAUGGAAGGCGAAAAAUGUAUCCUGUCCUGUUGGAGGCAGAGGGAUACAUGGGAUCUCUCAUCAGAAGAGCAUCAAGUGGGGGGAAGUAUUUGCUAUACUUAAUGCCCCUCCAAGGUGAGUUGGAUUUAACACCCUUGCCUGCAGAUUCACCUGAAUGUGCUCUUAUGCCAAAAGCUGCUUGUAAGAAAUGCAAGGCUUCAAUGCCUCUGCAAAUGCUGGCCUUGCACAUUGAAAAAUGCAGUGACUUAUCAAGCUCAGACAGUGAGGUAAAUGUGGUUGGGGUAUCAAGGUUGCAAUUGGACCUUAUUUUAGAUGUAAAUUAAUGCUGUUUCUGUAUUCAGGAGGCAGAUGUGAUGUACAUAGAGACACGUGAAUUUUAUUUUCUAAAUAAUCACGUACCAAAUAUUUGGGAACUGUUAUUAGUUCAACCUGUAUAAGCCAUCUAGACUGUAGAUGGAUGUAGAUUGUAAUAUCUUAAACUCCUUUUCAAAUGUGUCAUAUCCAGCUAAUGUGAUUUUGUCAUUCCUCUUACUUCAUUUUAUAUUAUGUGAUUAAUUUUUUUUUUCAAUGCAUGGUUCCUUAAAAUUACAAUUGUAUAUUUUUUGCAUUUUUUAUACCACUCUUCCUGUUUAGAUGGAUGAAAUCAAAUGUCCAUUGUGCAACAAAUUUUUUCCGUUGUUAGACAUAGAAGGACAUGCCAGCUUCUGCGGUGAAAAAGUGGACCAGUAUCUAAAUCAAGCAGAUGGAAAUGAGACAAAUCUGGAUCAUAUUUCUUGGUACAGUGUGAUUGUAAGAGGACUUCAGCUUUGGCAGCGUCAAAAAAAUGGUGGCCCAGUGAACCCUUUGAAAGUCUCCUUUCUAGGAGAAUUAGGUGUGGACACUGGAGCUCUCAGAAAGGAGUUUCUUACAACUAUUGUUGCAGGGAUUGAAAAUAGACUGUUUGAGGGUGACAGUGAGAUGGGCAAAAUACCAAAAUACUCUCUCAACGACCUUGAUAAACAGCUGUUCAAAGUUGCAGGGGAAAUAUUUAGUGUGAGUGUAGCCCAAGGAGGACCAGCACCACGGUUUAUGCAGGAGUGGUGUUACAACUACAACUUCAAACUCAUGGUGUAUAUGACAGAGUUAUCGACAUUACUAACAAUGAUUGAAGGUGCAUCUGACCUGUCUGUGUACACUAGAGAUAUUGGAUUGUGGCUACACCAUACCGACCAUAAUACAGACCAUAAGAACACUAUAUUGAGGGCUAUCACUCUGCAUGCAACAACAAAACACACCAAUGCUGCAACAACUGCGAGAAGGCCUUGGAGUUGACAACUUUAUUAAUGUAAUGGAGAGAAAGACAGAUGAGUCUAUUUGUUGUUGGACAAGAUGACAAGGUACACUGAAUUUAGUUCAUUUUGUUGAUCUGUUAUUUAGAUCCAUAAAGCUAUCUAUAAAUGUUUAAUGUUCUAAGUUGCUUCUUUUCCUAGGUUGACUCAAAUUACAUAUUGUCACACAUCGCCCCAGAAUUGAGUCCACAGGGUUCAAUAAAACAAGCAAAGGAGACCAAAAUCUUGGAGUACUUCCAAGAUUUCUUGUACGAACUUGAAGGUAUGUAAAUAGUUGCACAAACGAACUGUUGGUGACUGUGGCGAAGUAGUAUAGCCACAGUCACCAACAGCAAGGGGUAGUUUUUUGUAGAACAGGUUUGUAAAUUGUUCAGUUCGAUUCCAGCUUCCCUUUGUCGCAUGUCAAUGUGGUCAAGGCACAAUAACCCCAAGUCUCCUUUUUUUUUUUUAAGAAUUUCGUUUGGCACUAGAGGCCUUUAUUUUGAUAGUAGGCAGACAGGAAGGAGGGGCAAAGAGAGGGGGUCCAGCAAAGGUCGCUGGGUCCAGGACUCAAACUCGGGACAACCGCUUCGAGGACUAUAGCCUCCAUAUGUGGUCGCGCGCUAACCCCUACACCACCAGCGCUGCGCUCCACGUUUCCUUCAGCGUAUUAAUGAAAGUUCAAUUUUGGCCUCAUCUGACCAAAACGCCGUCCUCCAUGCUUUUGGGGAGUCUCCUACAUGCGUUUUGGUAAACUCAAGAUAAGCCUUCUUGUUUUUGUCUGUAAAUAAAGGCUUUUUUCUAGUCAUAAAAUACAGUUCUAUGAACUCUAUGGCUUACUCAGGUUGUAAUCAAACAAUGCCAAGAAGAAUGAAUACUUAUAUAUUUUUAGUUAGGAAUUUAAAUUGCUUUUGAAUCUACAUUAAUGUAACACAAGAUGUGUUGAACCCACAGAAAUAUAAUCAUUACAAAAAUAUAAUCAUUAACAUUAUGAAUAUUUAAAGUUUGUAACUGCUGAGAAGAUGUAAUUUAAAGAAUAAUGGAAAUUCCUCCCCUAUUACUUGCAGAUUGAGCUUAAGUUUUAAUCCUACUUGAACUAAAUACUUUAAUGAUGAAAUAACAGUUUUCUUCUUCUUUUCUUAGAUACACAACCAGCAGAGAAUGAGGAGACACAGACUAACUGUUCCAGUGGUGAUGCAGUGGAUGACUGGGCAGGCACACAAACAUUUGCUUCUGCCAAAGGGUUUAAUUGUUGGAGUGCAUGCACUUUUUCAGCUGACAGCAGACACUGAAGAACAGGCACAUUGACCCCAUGUUCAACUUCUUCACUUUGCUGUUCUUGGGACAGCCGCUCCUCAGCAUGCUGAAUCUGCUUUGACAGAUUACUCACAAAAAAAUACCAGGGAAAAUAAAUAAAAAUCUACAAAUCCA